ACAGGCUGCUGGGCUGCUCAGUAAGCGGAGAUCGGCGUCUAAAGAACCGCAGCGGCCUGCCGGUGGUGAAAAUGGCCGAAAACGGAGACAGUGAAAACAUGUCCGAUUUGGAAAGGAAAGUCUGCCAGCAAAUUGAGUACUAUUUUGGCGAUCACAACUUACCACGAGACAAGUUCCUACAGGAGAAGAUCAAGGUAGAUGAAGGCUGGAUACCUUUAGAAACAAUAAUCACAUUUAACAGGUUAAAUCGUCUGACAAAAGACUUUGAUACAAUUGUAGGCGCAUUAAGAAAAUCAAAGACAGGUCUUAUGGAAGUCAGUGAAGACAACACUAAAAUUCGAAGAUCUCCAAACAAACCUCUGCCAGAAGUCACUGAACAAUAUAAAAACUCAGUUAAAAGCAGAUCUGUCUAUAUUAAAGGCUUUCCAUUAGAUGCAACUCUUGAUAAUAUCAUGGAAUGGCUAGAUAAUAAAGGCAAAGUAGAAAGCAUUCAGAUGAGGAGGACACUUCAGAAAACCUUUAAGGGUUCAAUAUUUGCGGUCUUUGAUACUGUCGAAUCUGCAAAGCAGUUUGUGGAGAUUCCAGGCCAAAAGUACAGCGAUACAGAACUAAUUGUGCUCUUCAAGGAUGAUUAUUUUGCAAAGAAGAAUGAGGAGAAAAAACGGAACAGAUUGGAAGCAAAAGCAAAGGCCAAACAGGAAAAGGAAGAAAAACAGAAGCAAGCUGAAGAUGCUGAAAUGAAAUCCCUGGAGGAGAAGCAGGGAUGUUUGCUGAAAUUCUCUGGAGACCUUGAAGAUCAGACUUCCCGAGAAGAUCUCCAUGCAGUUUUCUCAGACCACGGUGAAAUUAAAUGGAUAGACUUUGUCAGAGGUGCAAAAGAGGGAAUCAUCCUAUUCAAGAGUAGUGCAAAAGAAGCCCUCAGCAAAGCCCAAGAAGCAAAUAAUGGGAAUCUGCAACUGCGAGCCAAAGAUGUCACAUGGGAGGUGCUUGAAGGAGACAUGGCCAAAGAAGCCUUGAAGAAAAUAAUGGAGGGACAGCAGGAACUGUUAAACAAGAAGAAAGGAAGAGGUCGGAAAGGAAAAGGCGGCAAAGGAGCUCGAGGCGCACAGGACAAAAAAGUGAAAUUUCUCGGGAAGAAGACAAAAUUUGAGAGUGAAGAUGAAGAGGAGGGUGACGACGAUGGUAUGACAGGGCCAGCAAGUCCCAAGAAAAGGCCAUUAGAAGACACAGAGCAAGAAGAACCUGCCGCGAAGCAGCUAAAGACAGAAAACGGUGCUGGAGAUCAGGAAUAAUACUUCAAAAAAGCAUUAAUUUUUUAUUCUACUUUUUAGAAGUUUUAAGUCAUUCCUUCAUUUGUCUUCUUUUCACUUGAGAAUCUAAUAAAAUCUACUUCGAUGUCCACCUGCAAAGGGCAAAGAAAAAAACUGAUUCAAUAGAAAUCACCCCCUCCCCUUCUGGAUACGUAGUCGAUCAUGCAAUUUUUUAUAUUUAUAAUUUUGUUAUACAGUCCGAGACUAAAGGGGAAGGUUUAUGCAGCUGUGUGUAAACUGUGUACAAAAGUUGUAUAAGUUGCAUAUAUCAAAUAAACCGCAGCAUAAGUGUCA